AUGUUCCCUUCGCCAUGCACCAACAUGUGCGAGUGCCUGUUGGUGUCCACUGGCGUCAUACUCCUCGUGUCGGGUCACUCCGCCAGACCCAAUUCUGACUUGACGUGUUGCCUGCACGAGCCGACUCGCGCUGCUUCGGUGUCGCCACUUCCUCCGCCGUCGUCAAGGCGCCGAGAACGAUACCGACCGUCCUUCCUUCCUCUCAUCCUCCAGACCCCAUCCAACUCUGCAUCGGCCCGCCUCUUCCUUCUGGGCGGCCUCCACUCUACUCCACUCUGUGCUACUUCACUCGAGUCUACUCCUCGCCCACCGCAAACUGGUUGA